CAGCCCUUAAAAGGGCCUCCUUCCCAUUUAGAACGGAACCCUAACCAUCGGCUCGUAUCGCAGCGCCUCAAUCCGCCCAUCCGAUCCAACCCCCGUCGGGGGGGUGUUGGACGGGGCUUCCAUCCGCGGCAUGUCGGACCCAAGACCGUUACCACUCUGCAAGCAGCGGACGUGGUCGCCCGACACGUAUCGGGAAGAGGUAUGGCUGCGAAGGAAGGGUAACAGCAAGAGACGGAGCAAGAGCGUGACGGACGAAGAUCUUGAUGAGCUUAAGGCUUGCAUAGAGCUGGGGUUUGGGUUCGAUUCGCCCGUGAAGGAUCGGAAGCUGUCCGAUACGUUACCGGCUCUGGACCUCUACUACAAGGUGAACAAACACUAUAAUGAUACCGUCUCCAAAUCCUCCGCUUCGUCUGAGUGCGACGCGUCGGACGUUGGGAGCCCUCAGAGCAUAUUCGGUCUAGGUGAUAAUCCACAGCUGAUGAAGACAAGGUUAAGGCAGUGGGCCCAGGUCGUUGCUUGUUCGGUGCGGCAAUCUUGUUGAGUUUUUAAGGAAGAUGCGAUGGAAUUCCCAAUCUCGUGAUAUAAUUCCUGUUGGACUCGUCCGACCGAAAGAAGAACCCCUACUUGUUUUGAUCUGACAUUAGUUUCUUCGGAUGAUAAGAUUCUUUUUCUUUACUUAAAUUUCUUUCGCACCCCUUGUUUGUGUCCGAAAUUAAAAGUACAUGAUGGUCUGUUGAUGAUGCCUGGGAGCUGCUAUCUACACCCAUCCUUUUGAUAGACACACCCCUUUCUUUUAAUUUCAUAGUUGUAUUACAGUUGUAAAUAUGAAUUUAUCUUUUAUUUUAUUAGGGAAUUUGAUGAUA